AUGAUCAUCGAGAGCCCGGGAUCGAGUGCCGCUCACCUAUUCGAGGCCUCUCAAUUGGCCACCAAAUCGGUGAUUGUGUACUCGGAUCGAGCAGAAGUCAAACGUCUGGUUACUGUCGAUUUACCGAAAGGCAAUCAGGAAAUUGUCAUUCAGGUUCGUCUCAUUUACCUCUUGGCGCUCUUCACGUUACACACUGAUUGAUAAUAUAUUGUACUACUUCCUCUAUGACAUCCUUAACACAACAACUACUUUCAAUUACUGUACUCUACACACAUAUCUUUACAUUUUCCCAUUAAAACUCCAAGUACAAAACUAUGUAGAGCCCUUCACAUUUCGUUCGAAAAGACACUCUUAUCUCAUUUGACCGUUUGCACCCCUCCUUGACAUGUACAUGUUUCCUAUCAAGUAUAAUCUUUUCGGAGAAUCGAAUCGAAUCGCUUUGAACUUCACGGAAAUGGGGUGACUUUUGAUUAAAUCGAAUCGAAUGCAAGUGCGCUCCAUUUGACUCGGACGAUUGUUUUUCAAAAAAAACACUCGAACAUUCGAGGCCGCUCUCAAUUUUAUAUCUUAUCAGUCCAGUGGAUGGCACGCACGUGUUUUCAUUUUGUUUUUCAUUAGAGCGCCGAGGAGACCUCAAAUAAUUUGCAGCUACAGUACUUGCACUUUGCCAGACACUUCUCCUAAUUCCGUCGACUUAUAGAGCACAACUAGUGGCACUCAUAUCAGAAAAUUCGAAAGCGUCUUAUCACUAUUGUUUGUCUGUGUUGCAACGUGCUCUGCAACCCCCGCGAAAUGGGGCAGACAAUUGAGAUUGAGCACUUUGCGAAAAGUGACGAAAUUUGGGUGAAACUGGUGCAUAUCUUAGCCUCCUGUAGAGAUAUCAACAAGUGGUCAACUGAUAAAAUGUACACCAUUUCUUGAUGCACAUUUUAUUAGUUGACAACUUUUUUAUGUCUCCACACCAGGGGUGUGCGGAAAAUUUUUUCGGAAAAAUUUCGGAAAAUCGGUUUUUUUCCGAAUUUUUUCGGAAAAUUUCGAAAAUCGGGUUUUUCCGAAUUUUUUUCGGAAAAUUUCGGAAAAAAAUCGGAAAAAAAUCGGAAAACUCACUUGUUCAUUGGUUCAAUAAAGUGUUUAAACAACGUUCUAAUACAAAAAAAUGCUUAUUAUGAUUUGAAAUCAGUUGAGUGGGCGGAAGCCAAGCAAUGGAAUAUUUUUUUGCAAAAAAAUUAGCCGAGAGAAGCUCUCCGGGUCCAGUGUUUUCCGAUUGUCAGUGAGAAUCAGGGGUGUGCGGAAAAUAUUUCGAUUUUCCGAAAUUUUCCGAUUUUCCGAGAAAUUUUCGGAAAAAAGACGCUCGCUGCUAGACCCUUCCAAAAAUUUUGUGAUGCGCCUUUAAAAAGCAUACGGUGGUUUCGGACAAAUUGACCUUGAAUCCACACUAAUUUUCCGAAAAUUUUGCCGAACAUUUUCAGAAAAUUUUCCGAAAAUUUCUCGGAAAAUCGGAAAAUUUCGGAAAAUCGAAAUAUUUUCCGCACACCCCUGCUCCACACGCAGCUAAGAUAAAUCGUCUUGAAGAAAUGUGGUAUUGCAGAAUGUGUCAGCAGUGAUAGAGCGUCAGUCAGUGCGAGUGGACGGUCGGGGAGUACUCAUUCAAGAGGUCCAAUACCAGGAGGUGCCGCUCGAUAUGAGACACGAAACCGACAAGAUUGUCGACAUUGAACGUCAGAAGUAUGAACUUGAAAAUGAGCGAUUCGCGAUCGACGACGAGUGCUGUUCGAUUCGAAAGCGCAUCGACGUGCUGGACGGUGUGGCGGCGCAGAUCUCCUCGGGUCCAUCGAUCGCCCAAAGUUCGUCGGUUCCGUCGGCGGUCGGCAGCCAACCACAUCUGGCCCGACGGCAUACGGUCACCGGCCAGGAGCCCAAUCCGUUGUCGCUCUCCGCCGCGCCAAUGCCGAACGGGUUCUUCUUCAAUCAUGAGAGCCUCGAUAAUCUUGCAAAGUUUCUCAAGUACUACGGUAGGCUUUAAUGUUUUGUUCUUCAAAAAUAUUAUAGUUCUUCAGGCGAUGCCGUUCGAGAUAUGAAGAAAGAGCUGCGGAAGCGACAACGGGAAACGGAGCAGUUAUCGGAGAAGUUGGAUGCACUGGACCGUCAGUUGGAUCAGUUGAGGUGUCUGGCCGAGUAUGAUUCAAUCAAGAGGUAUGAAAUAUAUAUUUAUGGGAUGUGA